GUCAGAAGGGGGAAAAAAAAAGAAAACAGCUGGAUCGAAGGACUCCUGCUAGCGGCUCCGCUAGCUGUAUCAUCCCCUCAGACCAGCCACUUCUCCUCGGCCGCCUGACUUCGAGAAGCUGGUUGUGAGGCUGAUGAUGUGGUGUGAAGAUGGAGGCUCCUGAAUACCUGGACCUGGAUGAGAUCGACUUCUCUGAUGAUUCAGUGUAUUCUGUGACGUCUCUGAAGAGCAUCCCAGAGCUGUCCAGGAGGAGUGAUGGUCACGCUGAGGAGAGACCAGCUCCAGCCAUCAACUGGAGCGGGGUUUCCUCCCACAGUGGCGGGGGAAUUAAACCCACGGGGCUCGCUGAGGUCCACAGUAAGUUCCGGCCAGUGAAGAGGGUCUCCCCUCUCAAACACCAACCAGAGACAACCGAAUCGGACUCUGAUGGGAAAGUCCAGGGUCAGGGGCCGGGUCUGGGGGAGCCGGGGGAGGGCAGUAAAGAUGACCCCAGCUCUGACAAGCCGACUCAUGCCUCCACCUCCUCUGAUGGGCCAGGGGGGAAGAUGAAGAGCCUGGGCGGCAGCGGUGGUGUUGUUGGAGGGAGUAACCCUCAGGGCCUGUUCGGGGAGCUGGAGCAUUAUGAUCUCGACAUGGACGAGAUCCUGGACGUGCCUUAUAUCAAGUCCAGUCAGCAGAUGUCCACGCUGCCUCGCGUCCCUCACGACAAGCGCUCUGUGACGGGGAGCAACCUGGGUGGGGGCACCCUGGAGAGGAACCGGGGAGGAGGGCUGAAGAACUCCGCUUUAUCCCACAACGAGCCUCUGGGCCUGGGCAGCGGCAGUUCACAGACUCAGUAUUGUGUUCUGUCUCCGGUGAAGUGGUCGGACCUGAGGAAGUCCAAGUCGAUGGAUCCAGACCUCCACCACCUACACCGCUCCCCAGCUGGAGGUUACCAGCCGGAGCUGCUCUCCUCCGGACUCCUCAGCUGCUCGUCCUCCCUCUCCUCUUUCUCCGAUGCAGACAAGCUGCUGUCUGCGCGCGUCUACCAAGACUCCCAGACCCAGAGGCCCGGUGUGGAACCUCCAGGGGGCCCGGGGCUGAUGUACCCCAUUCCAGGGUGCAGCGUAAGCAGGCAGGAUGGCUCCAAGCCCUGGGCUCCUGCACCUGGAGGAGGAGGGGCGGGCGGAGGUGGCGGGCCGAGGGGGUUUGGUGGAGGCGGAGGACCAGGAGCGGAGUUGGACGAGGAGACUAAGAAGAAUCAGAACAUCAUCAACAUCGUCAGAGAGGGACAGAUCUCACUGCUGCCUCACCUGGCAGAAGAUAACCUGGAGCUGAUCAGAGACGAGGAUGGGAACAACCUGCUGCACAUCUCGGCCUCUCAGGGUCACGCUGACUGUCUGCAGCAUCUCACCUCUCUGAUGGGAGAGGACGGCCUCAACGAACGAAACAACCAGCAGCUCACCCCUGCAGGCCUGGGGGUCAAGAACGGUCAUCUGGAGUGUGUGAGGUGGAUGGUGAGUGAAACAGAGGCCAUCGCUGAGCUGAGCUGCACCAGAGAACAUCCCAGUCUGAUCCACUAUGCUGCCCGCUAUGGACAGGAGAAGGUCUUGUUGUGGUUACUUCAGUUCAUGCAGGAACAGGCGAUCUCUCUGGACGAAGUCGACCAGAACGGAAACACUGCGGUCCAUGUAGCAGCUCAGUACGGACACCUCACCUGUAUACAGACUCUCGUGGAGUACGGCUCUAACGUGACAGUCCAGAACCAGCAGGGGGAGCGGCCUUCCCAGAGCGCCGAGCGGCAGGGGCACACUACCUGCGCUCGAUACCUGGUCGUCGUGGAAACCUGCAUGUCGCUGGCCUCACAGGUUGUUAAACUCACCAAGCAGCUCAAUGAACAGGCAACGGAGAGGAUGGCUCUACAGAAACAACUGCAGAGGCUGAUGGACCCCAACAAGGCAGAGGGGACGCCUUCCCGAUCACCCAGCUCCCAUCAGCCCUCAGUGGAGGCGUGGCCAGAGAUGAUGUUGACAGCGGAGGGAACUCCGGGUGACGGUCAUUGGUUGGUUCGUCAGGGAGGGGUGGGUCAAGACUCUGUGCUUCGGCAGCUGCUGGGGAAGGACGUGUCGGACACGCUGUGUCCAAGGGAGAGGCUGCCUCUGUCAGGUGGCCCCUCUGGCCCUGGGGCCCCUGGUGCCCCUGGUGCCCCUGGUGCCCGUAGGACGGGGCUGGUGGAGAGAAGAGAGCUCAAACUUGCCAGACUCAAACAGAUCAUGCAGCGCUCUCUCAGUGAAUCAGAUUCGGAUGGUUAUCCACCAGAGGAAGGUAAAAAUCAAGGAGCACCGCCUCCAAACACCUUGCGACCCGAUAGGCCGUACCACCUGCCAAUUACAGAGGAGGAGCCGGUAUCAAACCACCUUCAUUUAAUGAUGAGGAAACACCUCCCCACAUCCUCCUCCUCCUCCUCCUCGGCUGAGAAGAAGCAGGCAUUUUCUCUCAAUGGGUCAAAGUCAGUCGACAGUGUCGGUUACAACCCCUCCCCCACCUCCAGUGACCCCGAGGCCACAGACGGCAAAACACCAGACACCUCCAGCGACCCCCAUGACGCCGCCAAUGGCCAGAAAGUCGCCACCAGCCCCAAGAGUGCCCUGAAGUCUCCCUCGUCUCGCAGGAAGACGUCCCAGAACCUCAAACUGAGGGUUACCUUUGACGAGCAGAUCCACAAGAGCUCCAGUCAGGAGGCAGAGCCAACCAAAGGGCAUCAUGGGAAGGAGAGGACUCCAACAGGAAGCUCUGAAAGCAAGCGGCCGUUUGGGACGUUCCGCUCCAUCAUGGAGACGCUGAGCGGAAACACAAAUCACAACAACAACAACAACGGUGGUGGUCAGUCAGGCUCUGCUGUCAAACCGCCCACCUGUCAGAACUCACCUGGCAGGAAGUCGGAGAGUAAGAGCAGCCCGGGAGGAGCCAAGGGCAAGAGCAAAACCAGUAACGUUUAACCAGCUAGUGCCUACUGAGGUGCAGAGGUGACAAACACAUAAUGAACAGACCGCAAUCAAGAGCAAACAGCUAGAGGCAGCGAACAUGGGAAAUGUAUAGAGGUUUACCCCAUUGACAUAUUCUGUGUUUAAAAUCGUACCCCUUCCUCUCAGCAUCAUAAAUCAUUCAAAACCAAGUCCUAUAAAGGAGACAUCAGGCACAUACUGCUGGAAUAAACAGAACUUACUUUUCCCAGUGGGAGCAGUGACGUCUCCGAGGUUAGAGGACAAGAUCACGUCAAUGAUGGCAUUUCCAAGUGGGUUAACGUAUCAUGAAGAUAACAGUAUAUGACGUAGGCCAACACUAAACGCAUAAUGACGAUUAUACCGUAGCUGCGUUGUAAUUGCACAAAGAUUUUUUUGAUUCCCGACAGUGUUGAUGCUUUUACACUUUAUACCAUCCCUGCGGCUCAGAAUAACAGAAGGAGACUCCGUGAUGCUAAUCAGAAAUAAAAGCUAAACUCUCAGUUGUCUUUUAUAAGACAAAUAAUCCACACACUGUUAAAUGUUUCCCAUGACUAUAAGUGCAACAUUUCAGUCAGGUAGACCCCAUCGUUCUCUCCUCUCUUCUCUGUUUUGGCAGCACUAAUAGUCUGACAUUACUUUGAACUCCUUUAUGUGCAUCACAUAUUCAUAAUAGUUUUCUCGUCAUCGGACAGAACAGAAGAAACUCUUCUUUGUAUGCAACCAAAAUUACCCGUGGGUAUCACGGUUUCAUCUCAUGUCAUAUCAAGUGCUUCAAGUGCUUCAGUCUCCUGACGAUGUUGCUUGUAAUUAACAACUCUGCCUCUUUUACACGAACGUGCUGGUAGCCAGACAGGAAAAACCCCAGAGGUAACAGACCCAGUUGAUAACCAGCUUCGCGAUAGAGGUUAUCCGGGCAGGCAAAUGCUGGACUCACUGAAGCCACAUAGCCCCAAGAGAGCCAGACUAAGCUGAACGUGGCUCGCGAUACAGGCCCGUGUAGUAACUAUGCCAUUCGCCUGCAAGUAAGAGAAUGUAGCCAAGGGCUCAAAGGGGUUAACAAGUUUUUCAUACGACAGUAAACUACAGCAGCGUCCAGAAAACUCAGAUGUUCAACAUAAAAUUUGACUUCAAGUGACCAAACCACGAGUGCGAUUUCAAAUGAACAAACCCCCUUCGGCCAUUUGACGAUAGGCGGAAUGUUAAAGCAGCUACAGCUACAGUUUGUUUAUUUGGUCCAAACAACUGCGGUGGAAAAACUGACUGAAUUUUUUUGUGUUUGUUUUGGACACAGUCAUGUCAGCUGAUUACAAGCCGACCAGGUCUUGUAAACAAACGGUUUUAUUUUUUUAAGCAGAGUAUUUUACGACCUGUCACCCUGCCAGUUUGUUUUCCCACGUCACGCAGGAGGUUUCAUUUGUUUGUUCAUAGUACAAGAGGGAAAUUUAACUGAUCAUCCUUUAAGACAGCACACAGAGACAAUGUGACGUUAAAAGGUUUGUCUGAUUCUGGGUAAAAGGGAAAAAAAAAGUCAAAUCCAUCAGUGACCAUUAGUCAACAUCUGGGCUCUUUGGGCCAUGAUCCCCUAGUUUACAUUACCACCUCAAAUAUACUAGUUAUAUACUACAUGAGUCAGUAAAAUAAAUUUCCCAGUCAGUGUCUUUUUUGACAAAAUAAUCUUAACUCAUGGCCCACUUACCUUUUUCUGGAGCUUUAAACAGUAUUUUAUGGUUUUCAUCAGUGGAUGAGGUUUGCUGAGAUGUCAUUGACCAUGUCGGCUCCAGAAAAACCUUGUAAAUUGACCUUGAGUUAUGAUUAUUUCAUCAAACUACUAUUCCCACUGCAAGUACGACCUUUCACACUCCAGGAAUAUAUUGUUUAGUCAGUGACGGGUUUCAUUUCAGUGCAUUCCCCCUCACUUCUUUUCUCCUUAGUCAUACUGAGGUUUUUAUACAUGUUUAGCAUAAAGUUUCUCAUGUUCUUUGCCUCAAACGUUUCACUCUUGACGGUUUUUACACAGUUUUAAGGAGUGAAAGACAAAAAGUGAACCUGUCUCAGCUCCGCAAGUCGGUUAUGUUGUUAAAACGUAUUCAAUGCUGUUAUUCAGAGACAGGAACAGCUGCAAAGUGAAUGAGAAGAACCUGUGUUUAACAGGACGGAGGGAUUUGUUUUUAUUGACAAACUGAAUUAAGUUUGUUUGUUUGUGUAUUAAUCAGUGUCCUGCAGAAACCUCACAUCUCCAUCAAACAGUUUGUCAUGCAUUUUUAGCUUUUUCGCAUUUAACAGUUCGAUUUUUGUAUCAGAUUACAAAAACAUUCCCGGAGUUCAGUCGUCUGCUAAACCAAACCAAAACAAAAAAGUGUCAAAACUUAAUCUCCCUAUCUGGAGAUUCAAGGUUUCUGUCUCUCUGCCACUCUGUCCCUGUUCUCUGAACUACACUACAGAUGAACGUAUGGAUUAUUGGUAUUUAUGUUUAUGCACACAGUUAUAUGAUAUGAAAAUUUAAAAAAUGUGGUUAUAAUCAUGCACGUGGUUCACGUGCACCAGCACAACAAAUAGUUUUAAAACCACUGUAUAUAUACUGUAGUAGUAUUUAAUUGUUUUGUUAGGUUUUUUUUUGUUUGUUUUGUUUUUUUUACAUUAUAUUCCAAACACUUUUUUUAUUUCCAAUGUUAUUAUCUAUGCAGUAUUUUUGGCAUGAAGUAGACAUUAGUUGUGUGAUGUGUCUUUGAGACGGGGAGGUUUAAGGAUGCACCUUCUACAGCGGCCGACAAAAAGGCUGAUUUAUAUAAACUUUAAGAGAGAAAAGUUGAAACUGAAGUUGAAACUUGUCAUUCCACUGCGGAGAUUUUCUACACCGCUUUCGUGAGAUUGUGACCAUUGACAAAUCGUCUCAAAGCUUGAAACUACUAAGACUAAGGCUGUAAUCUGACUCUCUUGUCAUUUGUUUGAAUUUCAGUGUGGCAAUAUGCGAUUCUUUGAAUUGAAAUCUAGCAAAAACAAGAAGAAAAAAAAAAGGUGUAGCAGGGUGGCACCACAUCUGUCGUGUGUGUCGGAGCCAUGAAUGGCAUCACUGAGUCGGAGAGAGAGACUUUAUUCGGCCGUCUCCACAUCCUAGUAGGACCAUAUAUUAAAAUUAGGAAGAAAAAACAGAUUUAAAAAAGUGAGACAUUUGGGGCUGCUGAGCUUUUGAGUUUGAUUUGAUCUUAUAUCAUUCAUUUUAGGUUUAGAGGUGCUGCAAAACAAGGGGUUAUCAGUUAUAAUCAGCAGCUUUAUGGCUUUUUUGGGUAACUGAGAUCCCUCUUGCUCCCUUGUAGUACAAAACUGCUGUUAUCUGCAACUUUCUGGACCUUUUUAUGGUGAAUACAGACACUAAAGCCUCACUAGCAGCCCCAAGAGGCUGCAGCGUUCAAUGCAUCUCACAAUGCACCAGGGUUGAACAGAAAAACCAUGAUACGAACAGUAUUUGCACUACCAGUCAACCGUUUUGUACCAUUUUUUUUUUUUUAGGUUAUUCACCGGACUUGAGCUGCUGUUUUUUCCAUAAAAAAGUGGAAAAAUGGAGGUGUUCCAAGUCUUUUGACUGGUAGUGUGUAUCCUGUAAUUCCUGUGGGUGGUGCUAGAGGAAAGGUCAAGGGGUUCACUAAAAUCACCAGGAAUCAUCCAGCAUGAAUAUCCACAUCUAAUACAGCGGAAAUCCGGCCAAGUUGUCUGCGUAUCUCUUUGGUCAAAAAGAGAGAAAAUCCUCUCCUCCUUCUAACUUUAGUUUUAUCGUGUGUCUCUGAAGUGAAAACACAGGUUACAGCCUCGGCUCUCUGGUUCUCAGCUUUGGGAGAAACUGGAUCACGUCUGUCAUGUUCCUGAGGCAUGUUCAGGUUAACGCAAAUAUUAUUAGUGGUCUGACGCAGCAGAAUAUGUUCUAAUCCAAACUUGUCAUGCCUUGACAUCAGUCUGUGGUGUCUUUCUUUUACAUUCCUGUAUGUGGUGGGUUCAUAAACCUGUAGUUUGCAUCCGUGAGAUUCUGCUGUGCAGUUCUCUCACAUCUGGUUUUCCCGGUGACCUUUGUCCAGUUUACCUUUACCUUUACCGUAGGUUGACACAGUCUUUGGCUGUUGCGGUUCUUGAGUCUGCAGGUGAUGGUGGCUCAGGAGGGUUUCCCUGCAGCUGGUUCUCUGGUUCUGAUUUGUUAAAGGAACAAGCCAACAUUUUGGUGCCUUCCCCGGAGUCAGAUGAGAAGAUCGAUAUCAGUUUCAUUUUUCUGUGUCCCAGUAUAGAUACACUACUUGGUCAAAAGUGUGCGGACACGCGAAUAUUCCACCCAUCUUUGAUGGUUGACCAUAUGGUUCUGCCACCAUGUUCAUUGAUGUGCUGCCGUAACAGCCUCCACUCUUCUGGUUUCAGUCUUUGAGGUCAGGAUUCGGUGCAGACCAGUCAACAUCUUCCACAGCAAACUGGGAAAACUGUUUCUUUGUGGAGUUGGCUUUGUGCACGGGAACAUUGUCAUGUUGAAACAGGGACAGACACAAACUGUUGACACAAAGAUGGAAGAAUACUGUUGUUUAAAUUAUCGUUGUACGCUGCAACAUUAAGAUUUCCCUUCGUUGGAAUUGAAAACUGAGGCCAGAUUUAAACCCAGAAUAGGUCGCCCCAGCUUACUUUUGGAGGAGGGCCAAAUUUCCGCCAGGCCGUCUGUAGGUUGGAUGUUUAGUUUGAGGGGGUUCACCUGAUUAUUUGCCCGAUUUAAUAACCGUCUGACUGUUGGAUGGUCAGAUGGAUUUCUGGCAGGAAUUUUAGUCAGCUGUCUGGACAUGGUUUUCCCACAUGGCUGCUGUCAAAAAUCAGUUAUUAACUGUAGUGAGCUUGUUUUAAUAUUAUCUGAGAUGUAAUUUACAUGUUGUGGAUCUUGAGCUGUAAUAGAAAUAAAACAGAUGGGACUGUACACAUCUUUGGGCCAUCUGCAGCUCCAUAGUUUUCUGUCAUUAUGAUUUGAAUUUGGAAUUGCACAAAGUGACAGUUUCUUUAAUUUCUUCUUUCGGUAGAAGUUUUAUGUUUAGCGUGGAAGAAAAGUCCAAAUCCAAAUCAGGGAAGAACCGCCUCAGACAAGAGCACCAAAAUAUGUAAACCAAGUUGUCCGUAAACUUCUGGCCAUUCAGUGUAUGUCUACGCUGGAUGCAUACAGAUGAAACUGAUAUCGGUCCUCUCAUCUGAAAGUGGGUUUGAUUCAAACAAGUGUGUUUCCCGAAACGUUUGACUUUUCCUUUAGUUACUGGUAUUCAAAGAAUUCAGAGAGCUGAAUGGAAAGAAAUCACGUGGGCACAGUUGUCGAGGUAAAACUUCACUGCUGCUUCGUCGUCCAUUUUUACUUCACUCCCAGCUGAUGUGAAGGACUGGUACCAACUGGUACCAACUUAAAUCCCAGUGAAUCCUUUAACUGCUAUGGAAAACAUGUAGGGAGUUUUUUUUCACUCUGUAGCAACAGCAAACGAGUAAACGGGGGCCAAAUUUGGCCUGAAUUUUGGUAACAUUUUAUUUUGUGGGUCUAAAAAUUUUUUUCUCAUACUUUCCUAGUAAUUUCCUGUGAAGAACUAUGUAAUUUAGAUACAAUAUAAACAGUGAUCAGUUGGUACAUUUCCAGUUACUUUAAUUCCUUUUAAUUGUUGGUGUAACCUUACUUUCAUCCAGCGGCACAGCAGGUCAUCUGGACAUGCCGAAAUGAGGAAUUUGUCUACGGGCAAGCCCACAAGUCCACGUAGAUGAAGCAUAUAUUUCCCAAUGAUAAAAGAAUACUGAAUUAAUAUUUAACUUGGGUUUAAAUGGAGUUCCCUCUUUAGAAAAUUCCUCUGAAAGUCAACAGCUAAUGAUAAACUUACUCAAAUAACAGAACAUUGUCUCUGUUUUCCUUAUAAAAACUACCCAAUUACAUAGUGUUUUUACAAGAUCAUGGAAUUUAUUAAGAAAGUACAGACCGGCAAAAGAAAGUGGUAACUGAAAUAUUCUGGGCGUUUUUCACUCGCAUUUGGCAGGAAAAUGUAUCGUCUGCAUUGUCUCAAAAUUCUGCUCAUUGUCAAACAAUCAGUCCUCUGUCUGCGGGGUCGAUCCCGUUGAUGAGAAUUUUUAUUUUUUUUGUGAAAUGCAGUUUAUUUUAUCAGAAGCGUCGUCGUCAUAACCACGCCUUCAGGAGGGAAAGGAGCUCGGUGCCAUUAACGCGGCGGCGUUCGACGGACGAGACGAACUGAAUCGUACCUGUUUGACCUGUUUGUUGUAUUUUGAAUGAACUGCUUGGAUGGACGGUGUUGCUUCAUCGACUCAAUGCAAAAGAAAAAAAAAAAGAAAUGAGACGCAAUAUCAGUGAAUGCUGAAGAGACUGUGUGAUCUGAGUGUAGAGUUUGUUUUUCUGUUUUUGUUUUUUCACUAACCAGCGUGUACAGAGGCAGACGGCUGCUUCUUCUGUCCUGUAAAUUAAAUUGUUGUGAAGGAUGAAGACAAACCGAAAUAAACCGUUACCUUAUUU